UAAGUUUUUGAAUUCUCUUUUUCUCGCCCUCUCCUCCUUCUUCAACAGCAAACGUGACGCUGGACCCGGAGACAGCCCACCCUCGCCUCAUCCUCUCCAAGGACCAGAAGAGCGUGAGAUGGGAAUACAUGCUGCAGGAGUCUCCCGACAGCCCUGAGCGGUUUGACGCCGAUCCUUGCGUGCUGGGUUGCGAAGCCUUCACCUCCGGGAGACACUACUGGGUGGUGGAUGUAGCCGAGGGACAGUACUGCGCCGUGGGGGUCAGCAAAGAGUCUCUGCAGAGGAAGGCACCCGUCAGCUUCAAUCCCGAGGAAGGGAUCUGGGCGGUGCAGCAAUGGGGGUUUAAGAACCGUGCCCUCACCUCCCCUCCAACCCUCCUUAACCUGCCGCGGGUCCCCAAAAAGAUCCGGAUCUCUCUAGACUACGAAUGGGGGGAGGUGGCGUUUUUUGACGUUGAGAACAAAAUGCCGAUCUUCACUUUUCCUCCGGCUUCCUUCGCUGGGGAGCGGAUCCGGCCGUGGUUCUGGGUGGAGUUGGGCUCGAUCUCUCUGGUCCGAUGACCCUUGCGUUCCUCCUCGUGCAGAGAGCUUAGCGCCGGCAGUGAGCGGGUGGCUUGAAGGGCAGGGGGAGCGGUGGAAGCACCUUACUCCGUCCAGACACCAACAGCUAGGUGGUUAAGAGCAGCAGGAUAGAGACCAGGAUAGAAGCGCUCUUGGGAAGAGCAGCAUCAAACCUUAUUCUCCCCCAUUCCCAAUCGAGUGCUGCAACCGUCGUCGUGCAAAGGAAAGGCAGCCCGUCCUGCGUGUCCUCAACAUACGGUGGCAGAAGGUCUGCCUAGCUCGUAGGUGCAGUUCCAGCAUAGAGGAACAUCAAAUGACCUGCAGAGAGACGUAGGCUUCUCCUUCGGUUGAUGAAAAGAGGUGGGCACCAGGGUAGGUCACUGUUCACGCAGCCUGCAUCACCUGAGUGGGAGUGCAGGCUCCCACCAGCAUUUUCUUCUCAUCAGUUGGUGGUUGAUGUGUAGAUUUCAACCAUUUGAGCCGCUUUUAUAGUAGGCAGAGGGAAAUAAGUGCUUCUGGUGAGCAGCCCAUCUCAUCCAGACAUAGACAUCAAAAUAGGACAGGCAAAUCGUGCUUUCUGUGUGCCUAUCUCUCUCCACCAACUGUUGAAGGACUCUCUUCACCAACUGUUGAAGAAAUCUACACUUGGAAGAGAUUAAACAACUCUCCCUCGCCCAACCUGCAUACAAAUCCAGGCCCUUUGCCCUUGGCCAAAGAAAGGACAUGGCAAACCCUCCAUGACUGUCCUCAGAGCUCCAAGGUCAAUGCCUGUCAUUGCCUGAUCAAGAGCCUGAUCAAUGCUGUCAGCUUCGUCCACCGACAUCUCCACAGAUUUCUUCCCCAGACACUCCAGCCACUGUGCUGCUGGUCAAGGCAUUGCUCCUGUAAUCCUUUAUACCAGAGCUGGACGCAGCCAGGUCCUCUGGCAGGACUCAAAUCUGGCCCGGGCAGAUGAUUUUGUUCCAGCUGGGUUAGCCAGAGUCCAUGAGUUUAGCUCAGCCUUUGGGAGAAGUGAGAGAAGCCUGGAUUCAAGACCAAGCAGGCGUCAUGCCCUCAGGUGAAAACUGGGGUGCCAAACAUCCAGACCAUAUGGAUUAAAGGUUUAAAGAGGCUGCCGCCAGCACGGAGCUCUGCAUCCUGUUGCCAAUAAAGCUUCCAGUGAGGUACUGGGAGCUCUCAAACUAGAUUCAUGGAGAGGGUCAAGCCAGUGCUUGAGAACAGCAUGGGGCCAGCCGUGCUGGAAGGUAGGCGAUUAGGGACAUGACUAAAGCUGCUAGAGGGGAUGGAUGCGACGGUCUUCCCCUUUCACGACACCUCACUGCACUUAAUAGCACCGAUGAAUUCCUCUUUAAUCCCUGCUUGUUCUUAGCCACCUGUAAAGCCUUAAAUCUUGUCUUUUGCCCCACCAUGGGACAGCCAACCCGUUGUUCCCAUCUGACAAUAAACCACUUGAGACUC